UUUUUGGAUUGCUUCCCUGUCAGGUGGUUGAAGAUUACGCUGGAAGAUGGCAGGUCCCUUUGCCACAGCUUCAGGUUCUUCAGACUGCACUUUGCUGUUUUACAUCAGCCAGUGCAUCGUUCCCAGAUGAAUGUGAGCACGUACAAUAUGUUUUGAGUAGCCUUGCUUUGAGUUUCUUUGAAUUGCUGCUGUUCUUUGGAAGAGAUGAGUUUUAUGAAGAGCCCUUAAAGGAUAUUCUUGGAUCAUUCCAGGAAUGCCAGAAUCACCUCCGCAGAUAUGGAAAUGUGAAUCUGGAACUGGUGACUCGAAUCAUUAGAGAUGGUGGCCCAUGGGAAGAUCCAGUGUUGCAAGCUGUUCUUAAAGCCCAGCCAGCAUCUCAGGAGAUAGGUACUUCAGGAGACUCAAAAUCAAAACCAACAUUUGUGAGAAGCAAACACAAUUUCAUUUUCUAACUAGAGCAGUAAUAGUGAUUUUUCUUUAUUUUAUAAUACUGAAUAAGAGUGAUGUAUUUUCACAUAAAGUAUGUUUAAUUUGUUAUAUACUAACCCAGCCCAAGAGUGAUUUUUAAUAUUAAAUUAGGUACAUUUAUUUCUAGUCAUUUCCCAUUUAUUCUAAUGGAAAUCCAGAGUGUUAACACAUUUACUAUCCAGAUGUUACUUAUUUACAUAGAGUUUAUUUGUUUUUGUCACUUUAGUUAUAUUUUUAAAAUCUAUUUAAGUAGGAACACCCUUAAAAAAAAACACCCUCUUAAGCACAUGGAAUCUCCCUUAUAUAGGAAACUCUGUGAGGGCUGGAACUCUUUCAGUUUUUGUUACCACUGUUGCAUAUCCUACACCUAGCGCAGUACCUGGUACAGAGUAGGUGCUUAAUUUAAGUAUUUGUUGAUUAAAUGAAUGACUACGUGAUGAAUGCAUACGUGAAUGCGUGACUAAUUGAAUAAAGAAGUAAAUUUCAAUUCCAAAUACUCUAGAACAGUAUUUCCCAAACUCUAUCCAUUAAUAGAAGUUGUUUUGUCUCGUCCCCUUACCACCUGCAUACUUCUUGGACAUUACUUCCUCUCAAACCUAGAUCCACACUGGCUCCUGUGGGCCAAAAUUUCCUUUUGAGGCAGGAAGCUCUGUCAACUACUUCUAGUUAAUUCUUUUAAAAAACAUUUGACAUAUUAUUCCUAAGCCCCAGAACAUUUUGGAUCACCAAAACUUAGAAUGUAAGCUCAGCAGUAGUGAAUAAGCACAAAAGUGUGGACAGCAUUUGAAAGCAUGGACAGAGCCUGUGGAGUGCAAUUACAAGAUGGCCAAAGGGAAAAGACAAAACCUCCCAGCUCUGGAACCAUUCAGACCUUGGUCUGGUGAGAAAGAUAUUUCACACCACAGAUUGUGCUGAGCAGUGAACAAAUAUUUAAGUUCUGAAAAUCCACUGUUCUUUGAACUACGUGCCAGAUACCUAAUUGCUUGUGAACGCAUACCUGAAGCAAUGGCUCUUAUUAAAUCUUGCAUAAACCACCCAGAAAUCAGUAAAGACUUGUACUUCCAUCAAGCACUCUUCACAUGUCUGUUUAUGUCACCUGUAGAAGAUCAGCUAUUCCGGGAGCAUUUAUUGAAAACUGAUUGUAAGAGUGGAAUUGAUAUCAUCUGUAACACUGAAAAAGAAGGCAAGACUAUGUUAGCCUUGCAACUCUGUGAAUCCUUUCUUAUUCCACAGCUCCAGAAUGGGGAUAUGUAUUGUAUCUGGGAGUUGAUUUUCAUAUGGAGUAAACUUCAGCUUAAGUCUAAUCCUUCAAAACAAGUUUUUGUAGAUCAAUGCUACCAGCUUUUAAGAACAGCAACUAAUGUGAGAGUCAUAUUUCCUUUCAUGAAAAUCAUUAAAGAUGAGGUUGAAGAAGAAGGCUUACAAAUUUGUGUUGAAAUAUGUGGUUGUGCUCUACAGCUAGACCUUCAUGAUGAUCCCAAAACUAAAUGUCUAAUUUAUAAAACAAUUGCACAUUUUUUGCCAAAUGAUUUGGAGAUCCUCAGGAUUUGUGCACUCUCAAUAUUUUUUCUUGAGCGCUCCUUGGAAGCUUAUCAUACUGUUGAAGAGCUUUACAAACGUCCAGAUGAAGAAUAUAAUGAAGGCACAAGUAGUGUUCAAAAUCGUGUUCGUUUUGAAUUACUUCCAAUUUUGAAAAAGGGAUUGUUUUUUGAUCCUGAAUUCUGGAACUUCGUAAUGAUUAAGAAAAACUGUGUGGCUUUACUGAGCGAUAAAUCAGCAGUUAGAUUUCUACAUGAAAGUACACUGGAAAAUUCUACAGGUAAUCUGAAAAACGCAGUGGAACAGCAAGGUUUAGACGAAGGGCUUGACUCUCUUACAGAUCAGAGCACUGGAGAGCUUGAUCCUGAUGAGCUAUCUGGAGUGCAACCUAAAGGUCAUAUUAACACGAAGAAAAACUUCACAGCUCUUAGUGCUUCCAAAGUAGAUCACAGUGUCCCAAGACAUCGGUGUAUGUUAUGUAACAAGGAAUUUCUAGGUGGUCACAUUGUAAGGCAUGCCCAGGCUCAUCAGAAAAAGGGCAGUUUUUCAUGUGUAAUAUGUGGUAGGAAAUUUCGAAACCGAGGACUUAUGCAGAAGCAUUUAAAGAAUCAUAUUAAGAAAAUACAGAGACAGCAAAUUGCUGCAGUUCAACAGGAGGAUCAGGAAAUCCCUGCUUUGGAAGAACUACAUUGUUCCAAUUCUUUCAUUUCAUUUGAAAAUGGGAAUUCUGAUAAUAAGGAUUUGGAAGUAGAGACUUUUACUGCUUCCAGUGAUGGAAACAAAGAAGUCAUCCCUGCACAUGUGGCUGAAUUCAUUGAAAUUCCUGUAAGUGUAUCAGAAGAUGUUAUUGAAAACAUUAUUGAAAAUGGCAGUCCUGAUACUUCUUUAAAUAAUGUCUCGGAGCCUUUACCUGUAUGUGAGGAUGACUAUGAGGAAGAGGAUGAAGGUGAUUAUGAAGAGGAUGAUUAUGACCUGAAUCAAGAAUCUUCAGUACUUCAUAAAAUCAAUGGAACUGUAUGCCACCCAAAAGACGUAUAUGCUACAGAUCAAGAAGGAAACUUUAAGUGCCCUGCUCUUGGCUGUGUCAGGAUAUUUAAAAGAAUUGGAUUUCUAAAUAAACAUGCAAGGACUGUUCAUCCAACUGAUUUAAAUGUGCGGCAAACAGUAAUGAAGUGGAGCAAAGGAAAAUGCAAAUUUUGUCAAAGGCAGUUUGAAGAUUCUCAGCAUUUUAUAGAUCACCUUAAUAGACACAGCUAUCCAAAUGUGUACUUUUGUUUGCAUUUUAAUUGCAAUGAGUCGUUUAAGCUGCCAUUCCAGCUCGCUCAGCACACAAAAAGUCACAGAAUAUUUCAAGCUCAGUGUAGUUUUCCAGAAUGCCAUGAGCUUUUCGAAGAUCUUCCUCUGCUGUAUGAACAUGAAGCUCAGCACUAUUUAAGUAAAACACCAGAAUCAUCUGCACAGCCAAGUGAAGCAGUUCUUUGGGAUGUUCUUACAGACACAAAUCCUAAUUGUCAGGAAAAAAACUCACCUAGUAAUGAGAAACAAACUGUUAGUCUGCCAAUUUCUACUAGCAAAUCAAGGAACGAUUCUGCAGAACCAAAGACAUAUAUAGAAAGUAUGGAAAAGGAAACAGACAGUUUAGUUCAGAAUGGAAAUGAACAUUCUGAUGACACUGUUUCUGAUGUAAGCUUGAUAGACCAAAAGAUGCCUGACAUAGAGCCAAAUGCUGAAAAUAACUGUAGUGUUAGUGAUUUAGUCAAUGGACACCGUGGAAUAGAGCAGACACCUUUAGUUUCAUCAGAUCCUGCUUUGAAAAUUGAUACAAAUAGAAUUGGGACAGAAAACGGUUCCAUUUUACCCAAUGUUGUACCACAAGAACACAAUACCCUGCCAGUAUCUCAGGCACCUUCCAAACCAAAUCUGACGACUGAACAUACUUCAUAUGGCUUAAUUUUAACAAAGCCAUAUGUCAGACCAUUGCCUCCCAGUUACCUGGAUGAACGGUACCUUAGUAUGCCAAAACGCAGAAAAUUUCUGACUGAUAGAGUAGAUGCCUGUUCUGAUCAAGAUAACGUUUGUAAAAAAUCAGUGAAAAGAUUGAGAUGUGGCAAAUGCCUCACCACCUACUGUAAUGCAGAAGCACUUGAGGCCCACCUUGCACAAAAGAAAUGUCAGACACUCUUUGGAUUUGAUUCAGAUGAUGAAAGUGCCUGAUAAAAAUGUUUCAGAAAGAUCUGUCGAUCAAGCAGUAGUGUGAAAAAAGCACUACAAGAAAAUGCAUCAUCAGUUUGCUAUUUCCCUGAUGGCCUUAAUUUUAGAGCGGUCUCGGAUUACUAAAGAUAAAGACAAAGCACAUUUUCUAGAAUGAACUCACAGAGGAGAUGUGCUGGUUUAGACUCCAAAAGGGUUAUUACAAAACUCCCAAAGUACCAGUUAUCCCGAAAACCACAUUUUAUAAAAGUUGAUGAUGAUUAAUAGCAGCAUGUUCAGUUUCGCUUGUGUGAGAAAUAUAUUCAGUCAACUAGUCAGAAAGAAAAACCAGCUAUGGCCUUACAGAAAGGGAAAAGUUAACCCACUAUAAAAAAGAGGGAGGGUUGGUUUACAAUAAACAACUUAAAGUAUUCUACAAAUGAGAUUCGUUUUCUUGUCAUGCAUAAUCAGAUUAUGUCCUCCCUUCUGGUCAAACAUGGUUUAAGGAACCUUGCUAUUUGGUUUAUUAUAAUGAUUUAUCACUAUGCUAUCCAUGAAAGAUUCUAAGUUGUUUCUACAUUACUGAUUAGGUCAAAGUUCAGUGAAUGGCAUGCCAGCACUGAAAAUUAAAAAACAAAAGUAAACAAGACAACAAUGCUUUGGUAAUAAGCUCUUGAUAGAAAUCUUCCACUUGCCAUUUCUGUAAUACCAAUGAGUUAUAUUUAAAAGGCAGGAGUGUCAAUUAAAUGGAAAAAGUACCAUCAGUAACUUUGGGGAGAGAUGGGAGGAAUCUAAGACCAUUAAAGGCUAUCUAGUUGAAGGAAAACACUGAAUUGCAAAUUCCUCAAUGUGAAUAAUGGUAUAAGCACACUGGGAUAUUUCUAUUUGUACAUAAGAGUAGUGUUAGGACAUUGCUUGAUGAUUCAUAGUAAGGUCCUUUAGACAUUAAUGUGAGUUAUCUAAGUAAAGUCCUAUAAAAAUAACUGGCUGUAAAAAAAAUUUAUCAGCUAAGAAUCAGGUCAAGAAUUCAUUGGUUUUAUUCAAUUAGAAGAGUUAAUUCUAAAAUAAGCCAUAUGACUCAUGCUUUCUUAUUUAUUAGUGAUGAAUUUGGUCUGAAUAGUAAUUUUUAUAUAUAAAAGGAAAUAUUUACACAAAAAUUUGCACAGCAAGAACAUAAAAUAUACUGAUGCAUUUAUUUUCCUUGAUGACCAGUAAUUUUCCUAAGGAAGAUUUUAACUUAAUAGUCAAUAAAUUGUUGAAACAAGAAGUGUUUUUUAAAAUACCCUCUCAGAUGUGUUCCACUUGUACAUUCUCUAAAAGAGGAAGCUUAAAGAUCUUUUACCUAAUAGUACUGUGUUAAUCUAUAGCAGGUAUAAAAUGAACAAAAAUGCAAAGGCAAAUUCUUCAGAAAUGGAGCUACUGAUGUACCAGUGUCAACUAAAUAUUCCAGUUAUUCCAACUGAUACAUUUUUGUUCAAAGCAGAUCAUCUCAUCAGACCCUACUGUUACAAAUUUUUGGAUAUUAAAGCUUCUUGAGGGAAGUUACUAAGGAAGUGGAACAUUUCUUCCAGGGUAGCAUCCAGACUUUAUUAAAUUAGGAUUUCCAGGUCAUGAUAGAUCAGAUAAAAAAAAAUUUUCCAGUUUUACUAGUUUAUUUAUAAUAGGCAUUCACUACUAUGCAAUUGAUAGUCAUAAGUCCAUUCCAGUCAAAUUUAGGUUUGUUUUUUGUUAUAUAGCCUACAUUAGGCUGUGGAAUUUAUAUUUAAAUGAUAGAUAAGUAAACACAAUCAGAUUUGUAAAUCCUUUAAGGUCAACUUAAAAAAAAAAAAAUGUUUUUCCAUACUUCCUGAUACUAAAAAUAUAAUAGUUGAGUUAUAUUUCAGUUCAGUCUAAAAUACAUCAUAUAAUAAAAAGUCUGUUUAAAAACCAGUUCAUUUGGACAAUGGAGUUUUUUUUUAAAAUAUAAUUUCUGCUUUGUACAUUUUCCAGAGGUUUAAAAUUACAACUUAACAUUUUAUCACAUUUUUAACCUUUUAUUUUUUUAUAAGUAGUUAACUGUUGACAUAAAUCCAUGUCUGGAAAUUAUUUUCAUGAUCUUGCAAGAUGUUUUAAACACUUGUUAUUCUUUUGUCUUUAAUUUGAGGUUUUAUUUCUACUUUUGUGUUGCUAAGGGAAAACUGUUUCUGAAAGACACAUCAAAUUGGUUUAUAUAUAACUAAAUCAAGGAAUGUUUUAUAAAAUUCUAUUUGACCACACUGUUCUAACCUCUUUAUAUGCUUCUCAAAUAAUUGCUAUUGAAAGAAUGUGUACAUUUUAUUGUGUAUGUCUUAUAAAACAUAAACUUUUACAUCAUUUUGCUUUUAUGGGGUGCAUAAACUUCCAACAGUUCUAAUUUGAGAUUCAGAAGAAAAGGAAGCUUUCUUCUUAUUCCUCGGAUUCUUCUCCUUUUUUCUUUUUUUUUUAGUUUGAGCAUGUAUUAUCUGACAUGGACCAAGAUUCAAUCCCUUGCUUUUAAAUAAAAAUUUCCUUCAAAACAUUAAAUAUUAACUUUCUGCUAUGUUUCAGUAAGGUCAAGAAAAUAGCAAAUCUGAAUUUUUGCUGCUCAGAUAUUAUGGAGGAGGUAGAAAAGGGGACUCUCCGUGGACAAGGACACUGGUACUUUGGGCUUUAGCCAUAUU